UUCAAGAUGGCGCCGAAGAAAGACAAGAAGCCUAAGAAGUCAACCUGGAAGUUUAAUUUGGAUCUUACUCAUCCAGUAGAAGAUGGAAUUUUUGAUUCUGGAAAUUUUGAACAAUUUCUGCGGGAAAAGGUUAAAGUGAAUGGAAAAACUGGAAAUCUUGGGAAUGUCGUUCACAUUGAACGCUUCAAGAAUAAAAUCAUAGUCGUUUCUGAGAAACAGUUCUCUAAAAGGUAUUUGAAGUACCUUACCAAGAAAUACCUUAAAAAGAACAAUCUUCGUGAUUGGCUUCGUGUGGUUGCAUCUGACAAGGAGACUUACGAGCUUCGUUACUUCCAGAUUAGUCAAGAUGAAGAUGAAUCUGAGUCUGAGGACUAGAUGAUGCCAUCCUUCAUAGGGCUUUGCUUGCUAAUAAAACUAAUUAAGCAUACAAAAGAAACAUCUUGAAAUGGACCUUUAGGCUAUCAGUGAAUAAAAAACAUUACUCUG